AAUAACAAGCAACAUUGAAAAGCAAAGCAAAAAUAAAAAUAUUCUCCAUUUUCUUCAGGAAAAACCACACAAUUCACCUAGCAGGUGAAAGAUAAAGGAAAGAAAAUCAAGAACAGAUUUCCAGCUGGAAAAUGUAAAGGCUAAGAAUUUGUGACCGACACAAGUCAACAGGUGACUUUCAUGACUGAACGGAUAAUGGAACUUGGAUCCUUGUAGUCAAAUGAGUCACAAUUAAUACAAAGAUGAUGCCAAGCUCCAUAGAUGUGCCUAUUGUGAUUAUGCAGGGGAGAAUCCACGCUGAAGAAAAGCAGACACAAAUUAUCUGAAUGUGGUAAAAGCUUAGGUCAGAACUGCUCCUUUUUGGUUCAUGAAAGGACCCACACAAGAGAGAUGCCCUACAAGUGUUCCCAAUGUGGUAAAUGCUUUAGCAAAAAUGGCAACUUAGUGAUGCAUCAGAGGACUCACACCAGGGAGAAGCCUUAUGACUGUCCUGAUUGUGGGAAACAUUUCAUUGGAAAUUCACACCUGAGGAGUCACACAGGAGAGAAACCCUUUGAAUGUCCUAAUUGUGGGAAAAGUCUGAGUCAGUACUGCAGCCUGCUGAUACAUCAGAGAACUCACACAGAAAAUAAACCCUUUGAAUGUCCUGUUUGUGGGAAACGGUUCAUUACAAAUGCUCACUUGGUGAUACAUCAAAGGACCCACACAGGAGAGAAACCCUUUGAAUGUCCUAAUUGUGAGAAAAGUUUCAGUCACAAUUCCAAUCUGAUAAGACAUCAGAGAACUCACACAGGAGAGAAACCCUUUCAAUGUUCUGAUUGUGGGAAAAGUUUCAGUCACAAUUCCAACCUGGUAAGACAUCAGCGAACUCACACAGGAGAGAAACCUUUUGAAUGUACUGAUUGUGGGAAAUGUUUUAGUCAGAAUUCUGAUCUGGUGAGCCAUCAGAGGACUCACACAGGAGAGAAACCAUUUGAAUGUCCUGAUUGUGGGAAAAGUUUCAGUCAGAACUCCCACCUGGUGAUACACCAGAGGACUCACACAGGAGAGAAACCCUUUGAGUGUCCUGAUUGUGGGAAAAAAUUCAGUCAGAAUUCCAACCUGGUGAUACACCAGGCAACACAUACAGGAGAGAAACUGUAUGAAUGUCCAGAGUGUGGGAAAAGUUUCAGUUACCGUUCUAACCUGAUGAAACACCUGAGGACUCACACAGGAGAGAAACCGUAUGAGUGUCUAGAGUGUGAGAAAACGUUCAGUUCCCAUUCUAAUCUGGGAAAACACCGGAGGACUCACACAGGAGAGAAACCAUAUGUGUGUCCAGAGUGUGAGAAAAGUUUCAGUUACCCUUCUGUGCUUGUGAAACACCAGAGGACCCACACAGGGGAGAAGCCCUACAAGUGCUCCCAAUGUAAUAAAUGCUUUAGUGAAAAUGGCAACUUGCUGAUACACCAGAGGACCCACACAGGAGAGAAGCCGUAUGAGUGUCCGGACUGUGGUAAAAGUUUCAGUUACCAUUCUGACCUGGUGAAACACCAGAGGACUCACACAGGAGAGAAGCCGUAUGAAUGUCCGGAUUGUGGGAAAGAUUUUAGUCAGAACUGUUCCUUUUUGGUUCAUGAAAGGACCCACACAGGAGAGAUGCCCUACAUAUGCUCCCAAUGUGGUAAAUGCUUUAGCAAAAAUGGCAACUUAGUGAUACAUCAGAGGACUCACACGGGAGAGAAGCCGUAUGACUGUCCUGAUUGUGGGAAAUGUUUCAUUGGAAAUUCCGACCUCGUGAGACACCAGAGGACUCACACAGGAGAGAAACCCUUUGAAUGUCCAGAUUGUGGGAAAAGUUUCAGUCUCAGUUCCAACCUAAUAAGACAUCAGAGAAUUCACACAGGAGAGAAACCCUUUGAAUGUCCUGACUGUGGGAAAACUUUCAGUCAGAAUUCCAACCUGAUGAAUCAUCAGAAGACUCACACGGGAGAGAAGCCGUAUGACUGUCCUGACUGUGGGAAACAUUUCAUUGGAAAUUCCCAACUUGUGAGACACCUGAGGACUCAUACAGGAGAGAAACCCUUUGAAUGUUCUGAUUGUGGGAAACGUUUCAGUCACAAUUCCAAUCUAGUGAUACAUCAGAGGACUCACACAGGAGAGAAACCCUUUGAAUGUGCUAAUUGUGGGAAAUGUUUUAGUCAGAAUUUUGACCUGGUGAUACACCAGAGGAUUCACACAGGGGAAAAACCCUUUGAAUGUGCUGAUUGUGGAAAAAGUUUUAGUCAGAAUUCCCACCUGGUAAGACACCAGAAGACUCACACAGGAGAGAAACCCUUUCAAUGUUCUGAUUGUGGGAAAAGUUUUAGUGAGAAUUCCCACCUGGUAAGACACCAGAGGACUCAUACAGGAGAGAAACCCUUUGAAUGUUCUGAUUGUGGGAAAAGUUUCAGUGAGAAUUCCCACCUGGUGAUACACCGGAGAACUCACACAGGAGAGAAACCCUUUGAAUGUCCUGAUUGUGGGAAAUGUUUCAGUCAGAAUUCCCGCCUAGUGAGACACCGGAGAACUCACACAGGAGAGAAACCCUUUGAAUGUCCUGAUUGUGGGAAAAGUUUUAGUCAGAAUUCUGACCUGGUUGUACAUCAGGCAACUCAUUCAGGAGAGAAACUGUAUGAAUGUCCAGAGUGUGAGAAAACUUUCAGUUCCCAUUCUGAUCUGUUGAAACACCAGAGGACUCACACAGGAGAGAAACCGUAUGAGUGUCCAGAUUGUGGGAAAGAUUUUAACAGUAGUUCUAACCUUAUAAAUCAUGUAGUUUUACACACAGGAGAGAAACCUUUCAUAUGCCCAGUCUGCGGACGAUACUUCAGGUCUCAAUCUUCUCUUACUGCACACAAGGAAAUCCACAUGAAGCAAAAGUUGAGGAGUUUAGAGAAAGCCUGAAAUAUUUUGUGAUUUCCCAUUGAAAGUUUAGGUUAGAAAUUUACUAUUUGAAUUCUGCCUGAUUGUUUUUACUCAGACUUGUCUCAGGAUUAGGCUGUAGAUAUAGAGUAGAAAUGGAAAAUGUUAGUGUUGCAACGGCCCUUAAGCAAGUACCCUCAAUCCUAUGUUCUCUCUUAUGUGGCUGUUAUAUAAAUUUGUGAGUAGUUAAGAAGAACAGUGGUUACCUCAGGGUUGCGGACAUAGCACAGGCCCAAGUUUGCCUUCCAAAGACCUCCUCUACCCCAACCCCUUCCCUCCCCCACAGGCCUUUUCACUCCCACGGGGUCCCUGCAGUCCUUAGGCCUGACUCCCACUGCACUAGGCCUCUCACACAAUUGAACAGUGGAAAAUCUUUCAUUUUUAAUAAUGCAUUGUGCUAGAACUAUCAAUAGCUUUUGACAAAGAAAAAAUUGGGUAGCGUCAGUAUUGCUGUAAAUGCUAGGGCCAGGCAAAACAGAGAAGAGUUACCUCAAAGUACAAGAUGUACAGUGAAUAUGUUUAAUAAUAAAUUUGAUAAUAAAAUUGUAACAUAAAGCCCUUUUUCAAUUCUUGCUCCGUGUUGAGAUCUCCACAGAUACAGUGAGUUUCUAACCCACUACAAUUUUUCAGCUACCUGUAAUCUGUUUCUUCUGCAGUCUGCAUCUCUAUGACUAAUCUGUCUUCCUCAGCUUCCUUUCCCUCCACAUUAUAAAUUUAAAAUUUGAAUCAAUCAAUCAGUUUAUUACAGUCUUAGAGCACAGACCAG